AUGGUAGGUCGACCCGCCAGCUCACGGCGUCAGCCUUCGGCUAAGGCUGCCGCCCCCCCUCGAAGCUCUACGUCCUCGUCCGUGUCCCGCGAGCCGAGCCUACCACCGCCACCCAUAGUCAAAGUCUCGGUUCGAAAUCUGCGGCUUCGACGAGGCGGCAAUAUCACGUACAACUUGAAGAUGGCCACGUGUUUAAUGAGCAGACAAGAAGUGGUCGUGUCGGUGGUGUUGCCAGAGUCCGUCCACGGCAUUUCCGUAUCUCCGUCCGAGGUGCUGUUUACUCGGUCCAAUUUCCGCCAACCGCAAGCCAUUGCCGUGCACGCGACCGACACCACCGACUUGCUCCGGUUCUCGAUCCAGCACAUUCCCACGUUGACUUGGUUAUUGGGACCCGACCAAGAGGCGGCAACUGUGGCGCCUGUGGUCGUGCAGGUGAUGCCCAAGCAAGCGCUGUUUGUGUUUUGUUUUGGCUCGGGACUGUACGGUCGACUGGGCGUGACCCACCCCUUCGACAAGCGCGACGCCAGCGCAUGUACACCUACCCCACUGGGCACCAAGUGGCUCGUGCCAGCGCAAGUCGCCUGUGGCAAGGCCCACACUGCCAUCAUCGAUGCCAAUGCCCAUCUAUAUUGCUUUGGGCGUGGCAGCGAAGGGCAACUGGGGCAGCCGCAUGUCGAUCAUGUCAAAGCCGCGUCGGUGGUUCCCAAGCUCAUGAACAUGCUAGUCACCCACGUCAGUUGUGGAGCCAACCAUACGUUAUGCAUCGUCAACAACAUGUGGGCGUAUGCAUGGGGAGACAACUCUUCAGGCCAGCUCGGACUGAAUUUGAAAGCAAAGCACCACCGCACCCCCAGUCGAAUACACCACCUCCCCGACGUGCGCUCUGUCGUGUGUGCUGGGGACCAUUCGUUUGCACUCAUGGCUUCUGGGAACGUCUUCGCCACGGGGUCCAACAUAGGGUUUGGUGACACCACGACCCGCGCAACCUUCACACAAAACCCACACUUGACGCACGUGCAUCACUUGGCGUCGGGGAUGUAUCACGCCAUCGCCCAUACCAAAGCCCCCCUCGCCGUGGUCGUGUGGGGGUGCGGCGGCAACGGACGGCUCGGGCUCGGCGACGUCGAGUCCAGGAUGACGCCAGCAGACCUCACGGACUUUCGAGGCACGAGAGUGUUGCAAGUCGCAGCUGGGGGCACCCACUCUGCACUACUCACAGAGGCGGGGGAUUUGCUCAUGUGGGGCGGCAAUGCGUACGGCCAAGUGGGCGACGGCCUGUACAGCGACCGUUUAGUGCCCCAUCGGCUGCACAUGUUUCAAGGCAAAUUCGUCCGUGCCAUUUCAUUGGGGGAAUGGCAUUCCGUGGCACUCGUGGACGAUGCGUGUGUGUACGCGUGGGGGUUUGGCGAGGAAGGCCAGCUGGGAUUGGGCGACGAUCGCAGCUCGAGUUUGCCCCUUGUGGUGAACCCCCUCUCGGGCACGGCCCCCGUGUCCGUGUGCUGUGGGGGUGCCCACACUGUCGUGGUCACGACCCUCGAAACGUCUUGCCGCACGCAGCAAGAAAAGGACCGCCAGUUUUCCGAAUGUGCCGCCACCCGCGAACGCCGGAGGCUGACGUGGCGCAAGUCCAUGCAGUGGAAAGGCAAACAUCCAAGUCGGAAGCGCGGCGUCGACAUAAACCGACUGCUGCAGCCCGCCCAACACAUAACAUCGUCGCAGGACACCCCCCCGAAGCAUCAACCGGCCAAGAUGCCAAGUCGACCCCAGACCGCGCGGCCAUUUCGAGACACCGUCAGGCCAAUUCACGACGACGCAUCCAUGAAUCAAGUGAUGAACCACGUCGUGCCGUGGAGGGAGCGUCCGCUGACAUCACGAACGUCGCUUCGAACGGCGUUGCGCCAGGAAUUUCACGCAAUAGCCAUGCUCCAGAAACCAGUGUCGACACCAUCCUGCGCCAACUCGGCGUCCACUCGCGUGAGUGCCGCCCUUGUCGCCCAGGAAGCAGCCAUGAAAACCAAAACGAUGCUGGCGCAAGUCGAUCCAUUCGACACGUCGCUGUUGUUGGCCUGUAAACACGACCCCCCCAGUCGACCAAAGGCCUCACAGCCUCCACGAAACAUCGUACAGCGGCGGCCGCAAACCGCGCCGUCGCGACAGUAUUAUGGGCACCCCCCUUCCAGCGAAACAGCAACACCCCUCCACCACGACGACAGUUUAUCUGCGUUGCUCGACAAUGACGACGACGACGACAGGGACAUCGACCAUGUGUUGUCGCAAGAAAUGCACUGGAUCGACUAA